UGCAUGUAACCAUACAACCAUAGCCAUGGCGAACGACGAUCUUACCCGGUUUGAGCAGCUUCUUGCUCAGUUGAUGUCUCAAGAUAAUCUUAACCGACAGCAAGCUGAGACACAGUAUGCUCAAGUCCCUGAUCCUAAAAGAUUGACUUCUUGAUAAAACCCUAAGAAUGUCUGGUCUUGAUGAGGUGAGACAGAUGUCCAUAAUAUUAAUUCGAGAUUAUUCUUAUCCACUGUUGACCUUUAUGAAAAUCUUGGUCCAGACCUGAAAGAAUCUUUAAAACAAGAACUUUUGAUGGGAAUACAGGAAGAACCUAUUGUUACAGUAAAGAGGAAAAUAUCGCUGUCUCAGAGUUAGCCCGUUGUUUACUUGACGAAGAGGGCUAUAAUCAUUGGCAGGAAUUGCUUAAAUUUUUACAUGAAUGUUGCAACUCACAAGAUCAAAAUUCUGAGAAUGUUCUCUUCGAAUUCUACUAUCAUUUCCUGGAAUAUUUGGCAACCAACAAGAUCAUUAUCUUCAAGUGAUCAAAGGGAUGUUGUGGCAGUCUAUGCAAGAUCAAUCUAGCACUCAGGUUCGCUUUAUUGCGGCUCGAGCUGCUGUUGCAUUCCUGGUUGAUCAAGUUCUUGAACAGCAACAAAAGCAAUUUGUUGACAUUGUACCUGGAGUCAUGCAGGCUUUAGAAGAUAGUAUUCAAGAGCAAGAUGAUAAUGUGUUAAAAAGUGUCGUUGAUCUUGCUGAGAAAGCACCAAAAGUUUUAAGAAGUAGUUUAGAAGUACUUUUAAAUUUGAUGUUACGGACCGUGUCAAACACAGAUUAUGAUGACAAUAUUCGUCAACUUUCAUUAGAAUGUAUAAUUACACUUUCAGAAUCAGCUUCUGCUAUGCUACGAAAAUAUCAAAAAUUUUUUCCACUUAUUGUUCCCCAGGUGUUAGCAAUGAUGGUUGAUAUUGAAGAUGAUCCGGAAUGGAAUGCAUCCGAUGAUGCAGAUGAUGAGGAUUGCGACAGUAAUGCUGUGGCUGGCGAAAGUGCCUUGGAUCGAUUUGCUUGUGGCAUUGGAGGCAAACAUAUUUUACCUCAUAUUAUAGCUACAGUCCCUCAGAUGCUGCAGAAUGAUGAUUGGAGGUAUCGUCAUGCGGGCUUAAUGGCAAUAUCUGCUGUUGGAGAAGGCUGUCAUAAACAAAUGUUGAAUAUGUUGGCCAGUUUAGUUGAUAAUAUAAUACCUUUCUUAAACGAUGCCCAUCCUCGCGUGAGAUAUGCCGCCUGCAAUGCUCUUGGUCAGCUGUCAACUGAUUUUGCUGAAAAUUUUCAACAAAAGUUUCAUUCAAAGGUCUUACCUGGUCUUAUUCAUGUUUUGGAUGAUGCAGAAAACCCUCGUGUCCAGGCUCAUGCCGGAGCAGCUCUUGUUAAUUUCUGUGAAGAAUGUCCGAAGCAUAUCAUGUUGCUUUACCUUGAAAGAAUUUUACAAAAAGUAGAUAUUGUUUUGCAAGCGAGACUACAAGACUUGAUAAAAAAUGGCAAAAAAUUGGUUCUUGAGCAAAUCAUUACGACACUGGCAACUGUUGCUGAUACUGCUGAAGAGAAAUUUUUAACUUUUUAUGAUCGUUUUAUGCCCACUUUAAAAUAUGUUGUGGAGAACGCUGUAUCAAAAGAUCUACGCCUCUUACGUGGAAAGACCAUUGAAUGUAUUAGUUUGAUUGGUUUAGCAGUUGGUCAUGAUAAGUUUUUACAAGACUGUAACGACGUUAUGCAACUGUUAUUAAAAACUCAGACGGAAAUGGAAAAUAUCGAACCAGACGAUCCUCAGCUCUCGUAUUUAAUAUCAGCUUGGGCACGAAUGUGCAAGAUUCUAGGAAAGCGUUUCACGGAAUAUCUUCCAAUGGUUAUGCCACCUGUACUGAAGGUAGCAUCUAUAAAACCCGAGGUUGCCCUUCUCGAUGCUGAUGACCCAAAGAAUGAAACUUAUUCCGAAAAGGAGGGUUGGGAAUUUGUAUCCCUGGGUGAUCAGCAAAGAUUUGGUAUAAGAACUGCUGGCUUAGAAGAUAAAAGUACGGCAUGUCAAAUGUUAGUUUGUUAUGCUCGAGAGUUGAAAUCUGACUUUGCUGACUAUGCUGAAGAGGUCGUCAAAAUAAUGGUGCCUUUGUUGAAAUUCUACUUUAAUGAUGUCGUGCGUUCUGCAGCUGCUGAUAGCUUGCCUUUGUUGCUGGAAUGUGUUAAAAUCAAAGGUGAUGGCUAUGUUCGUCAAAUGUGGGGCUAUUUAUGGAGCGAAUUAUUGAAAGCUGUAUCGACCGAACCCGAGCCUGAAGUUAAAGUUUUAUUAAUGGAAUCUUGUGCACGUUGCAUCGAAACGUUGGGCAAUAAAUUUGUUUCUGACAUAUUCUUUGAAAAACUCUCCAAAGUCAUACACGACCUUUUAGUUGAGCACAGAAAACGACACGAUGAACGAAUAGAGAGAAGGAAGGACGAAGAUUACGAUGAGGAAGUUGAAGAAGACCUUAGGGAUGAGGAUCUUACAUACGAGCUUAUUCUACGAAAGGUGUCAGAUAUAAUGCACUCAAUAUUUGGAUGUCAUAAAGAGGAUACUUUGCCGUUAUUUGAGAAAUUGAUUAAUGAUUUCUAUGCAUUGCUUCAUUCAAAUUCGGCCACAGAUAGACAAUGGUCUUUGUGUAUUUUUGAUGAUCUCAUUGAACAUACUGGACCGGUUUCCUUUAAAUACAAAGAUUAUUUUCUACGACAAAUGCUUGACUCUAUUGUUCAUCGAACUACUGAUGUACGACAGGCUGCUGCUUAUGGUAUUGGCGUUAUGGCUCAAUUUGGUGGUAAAAACUACUCUCCGACUUUUUUAGAGGCACUUCCACUUCUUUACGAGGUUGUCAAUGAUCCAAAGGCUAAAUUACCUGAAAAUAUAGACGCCACAGAAAAUGCCAUUUCAGCCGUGACGAAAAUCUGUAAAUAUAACCAUGGUAAUGUUGCUGUCGAUGAAAUCAUUCCUAUUUGGUUGUCGUGGUUACCAAUUGUCGAAGAUAAAGAAGAGGCUCCACAUGUUUAUGGAUAUCUAUGUGAUUUGAUACAGAGCAACCAUCCCAUCGUCCUUGGUGAAAAUUACAGUAAUUUUGUGUGUGUUCUCAGAAUAUUUGCUGCGGCAUUUGAGUCUGAUGUACUUGCCAAUGAUGUGGAAAUCAAAUAUCGAAUGAAACUUAUCUUAAAACAAGCCCAGAUGUCGCCAGAGUUAUGGAGUAGUUGCUUUACAAAUAUGAACGAAACAGAACAGCAAAUACUUCUUAAAGUUGUUAAUGAAUAGCCAUAAAUUGCAACAAAAUGCACUCAUCGACAAUCAAAGGAACGAUGAUGAAAGUGUUAUGUCAGGAGUGAAAACCAUAAGAAGAUGGCCAUCAUUAAUGAUUAUAAACUUUCAUUAUGCAGCACAAGGUAGACACGGUAACCUUAAUAGUGCUUCUAGGUGAAAAAGUAUCUGACUCAUGCGCAAAAGCAAAGUUCACUUUUAAGAACUGUUUCAAAAUACAACGACGUGCGUUGUAAUGUUAACAAGACAAAUCAUUAAAGCAUCAAGUGAAAUUUC